AAAAUUUAUUUAUUUAGUGCAAAAACGUUACAUGCAAAAUAAAAUAAAUAAACCGGUCAAACAAGUAAACCGGUCAAACAAGUAAACCGGUCAUUUUGAUUUCUACCAAAAACAUAGUUUAUUACCAAUGAAUUUAGGAUGUCAGUUCCAGAAAAUGAAGGAACAAUAAAGAAAAUUUUAAAAAUAUUUACUACAGACAGCCAAACUGGUUUGCGUCAUCCUAAAGCUUUGUUAGUAGAUCAAUCAAUUUUAGCUGGCUGCCUAGCAGGUUUUUUUAUUGGUGGUAGGAUUGGUGGUCGUGUUGGAGCAGUUGAACAUAUUGAAAAUACAAAGUUAGAAGUUUACCAGUCAGUCACUCAUGCACAUAGACAAUACCAUGGUAGAGUUAUUUUGGGAUUUGUAAAAAAUGGAUGCAAGUUUGGUUGGAGAGCUGGCUUAUUCUCAGGGUUCUACAGUUUUGUCAUGGUUGUUUUAAGUGAGAUAACAAAUACCAAUGAUAAUGUAAACCUAAUUGGUGCUGCAGCUGUUACUGGCGUUGUUUAUAAUUGUUUUAGUGGAUGGAGGAAAAUGAUUGUUGGAGCAAUAUUAGGAACAGGGAUGAGCCUUCCUUUUGCUGGGUUAAUUGAAGCAGUUCGUUUUAUAACACCUGAAGAUAAAAAAGCAGAGAUAAACGUGUUCAAAAUUCUAAAUUAUCAACCUGUCGUUGAUGAUAAGCCAACUUUAUCCAGUUUGGAUGUUGGCAGUGUAAUCAAUGAUCUUCAGAUAUCACUUGCAGACCUUAAUGAGAUCAAUUUACCAAAAGAAGUUGAAAGACCUAAAAUUGAAAUGAAUCAACAAGUUGAAGAAAAUGAACCCUGUGUUAUACAGGACACCAAUUUAGUAAUGAACAAAUAAUUUUGUGUUGCGUCUUAAUAUAAAAUUAAUAAAUA